ACUCCCCCUCGGAUGGUACCUGGGCCGUCUUAGUGUCGUCGGUGCUCUCCACCAGCAUUGGCUCCUCUGGGUAGGUGGCGAAGGGCAGGCUCGGCCAGUCCUCCUCGGGGUAGCUGGCACGGGGCAGGCUCGGCCGGCCUGGUGACUCAGCAGGCCGGUCGCGGCCUGCAGCUGUUUCCCAAGCGGGAGCUCGGCCACGGACGUCUGCUCUCUCCGCUGGCCUGGGCUCCACUGAGCUCUGCAGGCGAGCUUUUAUACUUCCGGGUCGGGGCCGUGACCUCGGAGGGGUGGGCGCCUGACCCGGUGGCUCCGCCCACGUUGGGAUUCGGGGAGCUUCGGCCCUCAGCGGGGCUGUGGGGUGUCCCACCGCCUUGCUACAGGGCCCAAGUGUCCUCGGCGGCUUUCUUGGCGCAGGUUCCACUCCAGGAAAUCUGUAAAGCGGCCACCUGGUUGUCGGUGCAUACGUUCACAGCCCACUAGGCGAUCCAUCAUCAGACCAGGGAGGACGCGGUGGUCGGCAGGACUGUGCUUCAAUCGAUUGUUCCUUGACUCCUACCCUCCUCCAAUGCUGGUGAAUGCUUAUGUGAUGACAAGCAGGGAACCUCCAUUAAAUACUGCUGCCUGCCGACUCCUUCUGGACAUCAUGCCAGGACUGGAAACUGCUGUUGUCUUUCAGGAAAAGGAAGGCAUAGUUGAAAAUCUAUUUAAGUGGGCCCGAGAGGCGGAUCAGCCAUUGAGGACAUAUGCAACUGGGUUGCUAGGAGGUGCUAUGGAAAACCAAGAUAUUGCUGCCAACUACAGGGAUGAGAACUCUCAACUGGUAGCUUUGGUUCUUCGACGGCUACGGGAGCUACAGGGUAAUGAAAUGACCAUGAAACAGGAAAACAAGCGUCCCAGUCCUCGGAAACUGCCUUCGGAACCUCUGUUGCCUCUGGAUGAAGAGGCUGUGGAUAUGGACUAUGGGGAGAUGGCAGUAGAUGGGGAACAGGAGGAAGUUGCCGGGGAUAUGGACAUCUCUUUUCAUCUUGAUACAAGCCACAAGACCAGCAGUCGAGUGAAUUCUGCCACAAAGCUUGAGGACAUGGGACUAAGGAAAAGCAAAUCAGGGAAACAGCAUGAAAGAGACAGCUUCCGGAAGGCCAAACAAAAACUGGGCUUCUCUUCUUCAGAGCCAGAGCGGAUGUUUGUUGAGUUAUCCAACAGCAGCUGGUCAGAAAUGUCCCCAUGGGUAAUUGGCACCAACUAUACCCUUUACCCUUUGACUCCUGCCAUAGAGCAGAGACUAAUUCUGCAGUACCUGACCCCCUUAGGAGAAUACCAAGAGCUGCUCCCUAUCUUCAUGCAACUUGGAUCAAGAGAGCUGAUGAUGUUCUACAUUGACCUGAAACGGACCAAUGAUGUGCUGCUUACCUUUGAAGCUCUAAAGCAUUUGGCAUCGUUGCUGCUCCAUAACAAGUUUGCUACGGAGUUUGUUGCUCAUGGAGGAGUGCAGAAGCUGCUAGAGAUUCCUCGUCCUUCCAUGGCAGCUACAGGGGUCUCCAUGUGCUUAUAUUAUCUAUCCUACAACCAGGAUGCCAUGGAGAGGGUGUGCAUGCAUCCCCAUAACGUGCUGUCGGAUGUUGUGAACUACACCCUGUGGUUGAUGGAAUGCUCCCAUGCCUCGGGCUGCUGCCAUGCUACCAUGUUCUUCUCCAUUUGCUUCUCCUUCCGUGCUGUCCUGGAGCUCUUCGACAGGCAUGAUGGCCUCCGUCGCCUAGUGAACUUGAUCAGCACCUUGGAGAUCUUAAAUCUGGAAGACCAGGGAGCCCUCCUCAGUGACGACGAGAUCUUUGCCAGUCGCCAAACUGGGAAGCACACUUGCAUGGCCCUGCGCAGGUACUUUGAAGCUCACCUUGCCAUCAAACUUGAACAGGUGAAGCAGUCGCUUCAGCGCACUGAAGGUGGCAUUCUGGUCCAUCCGCAACCACCGUACAAGGCCUGUUCCUACACUCAUGAGCAGAUUGUGGAGAUGAUGGAGUUUCUAAUAGAGUAUGGUCCAGCACAGCUCUACUGGGAGCCAGCAGAAGUCUUUCUCAAAUUGUCUUGUGUGCAACUCAUGCUCCAGCUUAUCUCCAUAGCAUGCAACUGGAAGACAUACUAUGCCAGGAAUGACACAGUACGCUACGCUUUGGAUGUUCUGGCUAUCCUUACUGUGGUUCCUAAAAUCCAGUUGCAGCUGGCAGAGCCUGUAGAUGUGUUGGAUGAAGCAGGAUCUACUGUCUCCACUGUGGGUAUCAGCAUCAUCCUGGGAGUUGCUGAGGGUGAAUUUUUCAUCCAUGAUGCAGAGAUCCAGAAAUCAGCCCUUCAGAUCAUCAUCAACUGUGUGUGUGGCCCAGAUAAUCGGAUCUCCAGUAUCGGCAAAUUCAUCUCGGGAACACCCCGACGAAAGCUCCCCCAGGCACCCAAAAGCAGUGAACACACACUGGCCAAGAUGUGGAAUGUGGUGCAGUCCAACAAUGGCAUCAAAGUGCUGCUGUCACUGCUGUCUAUAAAGAUGCCAAUUACAGAUGCAGAUCAGAUCCGAGCGUUAGCCUGCAAGGCCUUGGUGGGGUUGUCCCGUAGCAGUACUGUCCGGCAGAUCAUCAGCAAGCUUCCCCUCUUCAGCAGCUGUCAGAUCCAGCAACUGAUGAAGGAGCCUGUGCUCCAGGACAAGCGCAGUGACCAUGUCAAGUUCUGCAAGUAUGCUGCUGAGCUGAUAGAGCGUGUCUCGGGGAAGCCAUUGCUGAUUGGCACAGAUGUCUCCUUGGCUCGGUUGCAGAAAGCAGAUGUGGUGGCCCAGUCAAGGAUCUCGUUUCCUGAAAAGGAGUUGCUGCUUUUGAUUCGGAACCAUCUCAUCUCUAAGGGGCUAGGAGAAACUGCUACUGUCCUCACUAAAGAGGCAGAUCUACCCAUGACUGCGGCAUCUCACUCCUCUGCCUUCACCCCUGUUGCAGCCGCUGCCUCCCCUGUGGCUCUGCCUCGCACACCUCGUAUAGCUAAUGGUAUCUCAGCCCGACUGAGUAGCCAUGCUUCUGUAGGUUCUACUGCCACUUCUGUCCAUGCUCAACCAAGGCCUUCUGUAUCCCAGGGUCCACUUGCCCUUCCAGGUCCUUCUUAUGCCAGCAACUCCCCUUUGAUUGGCAGGAUUAGCUUCAUCAGAGAGAGGCCACCACCCUGCAAUGGCAGGAAAAUCAGAGUGCUGAGACAAAAAUCGGACCACGGCGCCUACAGCCAGAGCCCAGCCAUCAAAAAGCAGCUGGACAGACACCUCCCUUCCCCACCCACGCUGGACAGUAUAAUUACAGAGUACCUUAGGGAGCAGCAUGCCCGCUGCAAGAACCCUGUUGCCACCUGCCCCCCUUUCUCUCUCUUUACUCCCCACCAGUGCCCUGAGCCAAAACAGAGGCGCCAGGCGCCAACUAACUUUACCUCGCGGCUGACCCGUAGGGCGGCCUUUCCGAAGUAUGGAGGGGUGGACGGUGGAUGCUUUGAUAGACACCUUAUAUUCAGCAGGUUUCGUCCAAUUUCUGUGUUCCGGGAAGCAAAUGAGGAUGAAAGUGGCUUUACCUGCUGUGCAUUCUCUGCACGGGAGCGAUUCCUAAUGCUGGGCACUUGCACUGGGCAGCUGAAGCUCUACAAUGUUUUCAGUGGGCAGGAGGAGGCCAGUUACAACUGCCAUAACUCUGCCAUCACGCACCUUGAGCCAUCCAGGGAUGGAUCUUUACUGCUAACAUCUGCUACGUGGAGCCAACCAUUGUCUGCGCUGUGGGGGAUGAAAUCUGUCUUUGACAUGAAGCAUUCCUUCCCAGAUGAUCACUAUGUGGAGUUCAGCAAGCACUCUCAGGAUAGGGUCAUUGGCACGAAAGGGGACAUUGCCCAUAUCUAUGAUAUUCAGACUGGCAACAAGCUAUUGACUCUGUUUAACCCAGAUCUUGCCAACAACUACAAGAAGAACUGCGCCACCUUUAACCCCACAGAUGACCUUGUCCUAAAUGAUGGGGUGCUCUGGGAUGUCCGUUCUGCACAGGCCAUCCACAAGUUUGACAAAUUCAACAUGACUAUCAGUGGAGUUUUUCAUCCGAAUGGGCUAGAGGUCAUAGUCAACACAGAGAUUUGGGAUCUUCGAACGUUCCAUUUGCUGCACACGGUACCAGCAUUGGAUCAGUGCCGUGUAGUCUUCAACUACACUGGUACAGUUAUGUAUGGAGCUAUGUUGCAGGCAGAUGAUGAAGAUGACCUACUGGAGGAGAGGAUGAGAAGUCCCUUUGGGUCAUCCUUCAGGACAUUCAAUGCAACAGACUAUAAACCUAUAGCCACCAUUGAUGUAAAACGGAAUAUCUUUGAUUUGUGCACGGACAGCAAGGAUUGCUAUUUGGCUGUUAUUGAGAAUCAAGGAAGCAUGGAUGCCAUGAACAUGGAUACUGUUUGCAGGCUCUAUGAGGUAGGCAGGCAGCGUUUGGCAGAAGAUGAAGAGGAUGAAGAGGAAGAUCAGGAGGAAGAAGAACAAGAGGAAGAGGAUGAUGAUGAAGACGAUGAUGAUACAGAUGACCUUGAUGAACUAGACACUGACCAGCUGCUGGAGGCCGAGCUGGAGGAGGAUGAGAACAAUGAGAAUGCUGGUGAGGAUGGAGACAAUGAUUUCGCUCCCUCUGAUGAUGAGGAGCUUGCCAACUUGCUGGAAGAGGGGGAUGAAGGUGAAGAUGAGGAUUCUGAUGCAGAUGAGGAAGUUGAGCUGAUCCUUGGUGAUACUGACAGCUCAGAUAACUCUGACUUGGAAGACGACAUAAUCUUGUCUCUGAAUGAGUGAGGAGUGACCACCACGCAGGGUGUUGGCAGCAGGAGAAGUUCCCUUCCCAGAAGACAAGAGACCAACCCGGAAGCAAUUUCUGAGCACCCCUUGGGACAUCCAAUGAACUCCAGCCCAACAGUUGUUGGUUUGGGUCAGAUCGAGGCGCUUGAAUAAACAGACCAGGGGUUAGGCCUCUUUCUCUCUGCCUUUUUUUUUUUUUUUUUUUUUUUUAAUUUUUAAUUUUAGGCUGAGAUGAGACUCUCCUCUCCACGGAAACGUCUGAAGCUAUUUCAGAAUAUAUUUUCUUUGUACAAAGUUCUUUCCUAAAGAACAAAAAUAGUUUUAUAUAAAACCAAAAAAAGGAAGAAAAAAAAAAAGAAAAAAAAGAAAAAAAAAAGGCAGGUGUUAUAGUAAAAAGGGUCUGAACUUUGUAUCAAUCUAGUAUCUUGUUACCACGGGUCAGGUUUUGGGGGAGAAAAAUGGUUUAAAAUUAACAAAAGGGGCAUUUUUACUGAGAGUACUAAAUGAAAUAAGAGGAUCAUGGUUUCUAAAAUUGCUGAGAAUUGAGAAUUUUUUUUUUAAAUAGCUGUUGCCAUCUGCUGCUAGCUUGUGUAUGUGUCACCUGCCUUUAGGGAAAAGCCCAAGGGGGUAACUGAACCUCCAGCCUGUUUUAAGCAGAGGUUCUUGCUGUGACAGCAGCCAGAGGUGGAGGCUGACACCCUGGUAUUCAUGUAGACAAGGGGCUCUGGGAUUGCAGUUUGGGCCCUUUUUUCCCCCUUGUGAUUCAAGUUUUUUUAAUCUUUUUUUCUCCCUUUCAAACCCUCUGUGGAAACUGCAAAUUGAAGGCCUUUCUUUAAUGUAAAGUGUAUUUAUUAAAAAAAUAAAAUACAAGUCCUGUCUCUA